AUGGGAAACUGCGCGUGUGCAAUCAGAGAUUACUACACCACCACCACCACCACCACCUCAACACCAGUUUAUCACCACCGUCGACAACUUCGUCAAGAGGCCGAAGCCACGAAGACAACAGGACAAACAACCAUGAUCAAGGUUGUUACAACAACAGGAGGAAUUAUGGAAUUGUAUUCACCAAUUACAGUUGAACAAAUAACCUCAGAGUUUCCGAACCACGGAAUAUUCCUUAAUCCGAACCGUUCCUCUAACCCUCCUAUGUUACACAACGACAACCUCUGCCCUGGUCAACUUUACUACCUCCUCCCUCUUAACCUCCCAUCCUCUGUCGCGACAGAGACCGACACAAGUAACUAUAACGUAUCGACACCGUACAGAAUGUCUGUCGAUACAGGUACAAGAGUAGUGUACAAGAAUCAACCAGACACGGAUGUUGUCCCAAGAAAUGAUAACGCUUCCGGUGUUUGGAAGGUAAGGUUGGUUAUAAACCCGGAGCAUUUGUCUGAAAUUUUGUCUCAAGAUAACAAAACUCAACAAUUGAUUGAAAGUGUUAGGACAGUUGCUAAGUGCGGCAGUGGGAAUGCAACCACUGGUGGUGCUAAAACGUCGUCGUCGUCGUCUGCCGGGAGUUCAAGCACCCCUAACAAUUCUGAUCAGUGUAGUGUGUCUAGUUGA